ACAGCUUUUUUAUGAUUGAAAAUGUGUUUAUCUGGUUUACUGUUGUCAUCUUUAUUUUGCUUACACCUGUUUUUGUGUUUAUGUAUUCUCUCGUACCUCACUUUUGUUUUAUUUUUUGUUUUUCAGGCUGUAAAAAUUAGAAAGCUAGAAAUUACAGCAUAUACACAUUUUCACAUUUAUUUGCAAUUUAAUCCGUGGUGCACUUUAUUCCUAUAUACCACUUUUCCUCGUCUUUGUUUAUGUUUCAUCAUUAAAAACAUUGUCUCGUCACUAACUGAGCCAGGAGAACACCAGCAAGCGGAACGACUCGCGUUGGGUAAAUAUUACCAGACGGACCUAUUCUCGGGUGACACCUAUGCGUCGAGAUUUAUAUUCAGGCACCUUUCAGCUGAAACCUGCAAGACAGGAAGAAUCAGCAUGACCGAGCACAGGCUGCUGUUUAUAGAUAUUGAACCGAAGACAAACAGCUCUGCUCCUGCCGACCACAGUGGCAAUACCUUUAAAUUUGACUUCCUCUCUGACACCUCUCCAGCACUUCAGGAGAAAACAUCUCCAUCAAACGGCACUGAACCAGCAGCCCGCCGCAUAUCCUUCACAGGACAAGGCUCUGGAUUCACCUUUGACUUUCAAGUUCCUGCUGUGGAAAACAUGGAGACGACAGACAUCCCAGACACUUCCACUCCGGCCAGCCAAAAAUGUGUCCAAGAGGAAAAGCCUCUCCCGUCGCAGGAGGUCAACUCUCCACCUGAGCAAUUAAAAGCAAAGAAGAAGAAGAAGAAAUCUGGAAAGAAAAAGCCCACAGAUGGCACCGAGGCACAGCAGACGGCAAGUUCAGCAGAGGGGAAUCAAGGAGGCGAUGACACAGAGCUGAGUGCAGAGGAGCAGCUGAACAGACAGCUGGACUGGUGCAUCGAGAAGCUGGAAUCGGGAAUGAGGUCCCAGAAGGGCACACCGAAACUGAAGGAGGAAACCUCUCGCGCCCUGAAGACUCUACGAAGCUCCAAAGCGCCUCUGGCCAAGAAGAGGCAGGUGAUGAGAGCCAUGACUGGAGAUUACAGGAAAAAAAUGGACGAGGACAAGAGCAAGCAGUACAAACUCAUUCAGAGCGAACUUGCAUCAACUCAGGUCAAAGUUGUGUCAGAUCCUCCAAAGAAGUCUGUUUUUCACCGUAAAGCUGACGCCAAAACCCCGACAUCAGACAGAGAGGAGAACCUGGAGCAAACUGAAGCCCAGGAUAAAGAUCUGAAAGCACUGACGCAGAAGGAGACGUCAGAUUUUGCCUUCACUCCAUCAAAGGAGGAGUUUCACUUCAACUUUCUCUGAUUUGUAACCUGAAGACACGUUUCACCAUACAUCAUUUUAAACUGUGACUGUAGGCUGCAUUGGAGUUAAUGCGAGAAAAAUAAAAACAUUUAAA